CUCUUAAUCUUCGAUCCCUUGAUCCUGCAUGGAACACGUUUGGAGUCCGAUGUCAACAAACACUUUCAGAACGUCCAGAUCUGACACACUAGCAACUGUCAUGGAAGGAAACGUUGCAGGAUCUUGUCUUUGCAAAGGAGUCCAGUAUUAUGUUCCCGACAAGCCUUUACAGUGGUUUCGGUGCCACUGCUCCAUGUGCAGGAAGGCCAUCGGUUCAGAACACUGCACUUUCAUUGCUGUGAAUGAUACAAACCUGGAGUACAAAAGCAAGAAAACUCUCAAGGAAUUCCAAAGCUCGGAGCAUGUAGUGAGGGCUUUCUGCAGCACUUGUGGAUGUUCAAUCAGUAUGAAGUAUGACAGUGAAGUAGAUUUGAUUUGGUUUAAUGCUGCAACUUUAGACGUAGAUCUUCCAGUAGUUGACCCUCACCAAGUUUACCUCAAGGAUAGGGUGCCUUACCUGGACAUCAUGUCUCAGGCACCAAGUGCUAUUGACCAGUCAAUGUGUGCAGAUAAAGAUUUAUAGUUAAGCAAUUAUUUCAGACAUAUUGCCAUUUUAUUGUAUGACUUCAUUUAAAAUGCAUUCCAAAUGUUAUUCUUUUCUCUUGCAUAUAUUGGUACCCAACAUAUAUGCUUGAAUAUAAUCAACUAAUAUUGGUUUAAUUUGUUUUUUCUUGUCUACAAGAAGAUAAUGUGCCAACAUGUAAUAGAUGUCUGAGAAUAAAAGGAUAAAAAAUACAAUA